AUGGCCUCAUCCCCCUCCCCCCUCCCAGUAGCCUCCCGCUGCUGUCUCCAUCAUCUCGACGCGUCUCUUCGUCUAGCGGGGCUCAGUCCAGCACGAGCCACGGCAAUAACGGCCAUUUGCUGCCUAACCCGGGAUUUUGGACCAAAUCACAUUUCCCACCUCAUGCCAUUUCAGCCCCCCAGCCCAUCAAUAGUAGUGCUAUGGCUAGGACUGGACAGCGGUAUUUCAAUGGCAAUCACGGCCUCGCUCUACGAAUGCCAUUCCGGUCCAUCAUUGGACCGUAGUUUGGGCCAGCCCCUGCAAUACGAUGAGCGAGUUCGAACCUGUCGCCGUGCAGUGCCUGCAGCGGGUCGUUCCUACCGCUGUCGACGGCUUGCCGCGAAAUGGCUCCGGGCUCCCUGCUCACCCUUAUGCAGUUCUGAUUCGCGUGUAGCCCCAAACUCAACAAUCUACAACUGCAUCUACCAUGACUCUACUAUGUGGUCAACUCACCGGAAAGUCGACAUGCAAUCUACGCAGUCAGCAAUCUACCUGACGAUCAACAACCCCGGAGGGAAACGUGCAGCAGUUGGAACUUUGUAUGCGAUUAAGCGAAGUUGA